AUGCGAACCACGUUCCUCACAAUCACUACUCUGGCCUACCUGGCGCUUUUCUGCCAAGCCAUGAGCCCAGCAAGGCCUCGAGGCCACGGCCAACCCAAGUCUCCCCCUGACAUUCCCGACAUUCUUUGCUGCUCCAAAGUCCCUUCAUGCAAUAAUGAUCCAAAGUGUUGCCUCACAAACGCACGCGCGGGAGAGGCCUGUAAAAAGCCUAUGCUAGGUAAGACCUGGUAUGUCGGUACUAGGGAGCAAUACCACAACAUCAUCUGCCCCCCCCCAAGAUGCGAAUUACACUCUUCAUGCUCGCCACUCUAUUCCAUCUGGCGCUUUGCCAAGGCCCUGGCCCUGGCCCAGCCGAUCCGCCAGGAGGAGGCGACGAACCCGAACCUGGAUCUAAAUGCUGCUCUACGGUACCGCGAUGUAACAAUAAUCCAGACUGUUGCACUCAAGGCCGAAAAAUCCACUAUACGAAACUUGGUGGCGAGCUACGACUGGGUCUUUCUCAAGUUAGGCAGUCAAGAAUGUAUGCCCCGGCCUGCUUGCGAAUAUUUGGAACGAGGACUUGGUACAAUCUGGACUAUUGAUAGGGAUUAUGUUGGAAAAUCUUAUCGAGGGACGCUUUAUCCGCUACGAAUUUACGGCCUAGAGUGCGAGAAGGGGGAGAGGGAGAGGAAGAGGUCUCUGAACAUCAUCUCCAUCGACAGUCCGUCCGUCCGUAUUGCUCCCAAGUCCUCGCUCCAAAACCAUUCGCAUCUCGCAGGCCGGGCAUGCAUGACUAACCGACAGACUGUGAGAACCAGACAGGCGUAG